AACAACAAAGUAUCUGUAUCUGUUUUGUCUUGUCCCGGCCGAUCGAGGGAACUUAUUUGAACCGAAGCAGACUAAAGUAUGUACGGUUUGUAGCAUGUACGCACUUCAAUGUUGCCUUGCUCCGGCAUACAGAUUACUUUCCACUACCCAAGUACUCCGCCAUGCCACUCAGUUCAGCAAAGAUCAUUCAAAGUCUGAUCAACACAUUGUGAAGUCGUUCCGAUCGGGCCGUGAUCGAGCUGUGCCCUCCUCGCAAGAACUCAAUUUUAUUGGGUGAAAAUUGAGCUGAAAGGAAAACACAUUAGUAUCUUGCACUUUACACGCUAGCAAUAAGUAUCUGUACUUUACCGAGCGCGGGAAAAUUCAAACCGGUCGGGCGGGUUCUUCGAAGCUCGCAAAGGUGCCAUGGGGCGCAAUGUUCGGCCGAUCGACUAGGCAUGGUGAAUAUCACUCGGUGUGAUCUGUGGGAUCUGUAACCGAAAGUGUUUAUUUUUUUCGGUGGAGAGAGUGAAAAUCAAAUAGGAUAAGUACAUAACGCGAUUGUUUAUAGAACUCGAUCGUGUGAACAAGUGCGUGUAGCCGGGAGGAGAGCUGCGGUCGCGUGGGUGCAGCCAUUCAGUGAUCGUGCCAACAAUUUCUUGUACAUAUGUUCAUGGUGGUACUGUGGGCCGGCGAGGGGGAGUGAGGACCCUCAGAGUUCAUAGGAAACAUUGCAUAUGCAUCUUCAGGUACCUCUCGUGGACGAUCAUGAUCGGCAAAAAUGAAAGUGUCUCAGACAUAGUGCAACAAGUUUUCAACGGAUCCUCGCCACGUGAUGAAGAUCAGUUCGAUUUCCGCACAAAUGCCAGCCAGUAUGGACUGAGAAAUGUGAAUAGUGUUGGGGUGGAUGGGGGGUUGGAGGGUGACGACAAACUGAUCGUUGACAACUACUAUAUUUGGAUGUUUCUAGCAACGUUUGGAACUACAGGGAUUUUACUGAAUCUGAUGAUCAUUUAUGGAUUACUUCGAGCGAAAUGUAAUGGUGCACGCUACUACCUUCUCCAACUUGCUUUUUGUGACAUAGUAACCCUUAGUAUAUGUGGUCUUGAAUUAAUCUACAUAAAUUACCAAAGAUGGAUAGUAUCCGCAGAACUUUGUCCAGUCUAUCUAGGCCUGGAAUCGUUCACAAGCACAGCCUCAAUUUACUUCAUAAUCGCCUUGAACCUGCAUGCAAUAUCCGUGUAUAACCUCACGAUCGAUACAAUAGAAAGGAGAAACUUGGCCGAGAAUGAGUACACACAACUGGAAGCAGAUCCUGGGGAAAACGACAACUACGAAAUAGCGAUUGACGUACGUGAAAGACGAUCCCUCACUAUCGACUAUGGCCAACGGAAGCGGGGAAUCCCCGUUUUAUUGCCGGCUCUAUUCAUCUGGUUUCUGGGCGCUUCCAUGGCGAUCCCACUUUUUGUCUUUGGGAGUGUCAUACCCAGCGAAGCUGACCCGGUGAUCUGUGGAGUUAUGAAUUUUGACAGGCAUAGUAAUUUGAUUAUGCAAAUUUUCGUGGGUGUCAUACGAAUCCUAGUACCAACUAUUUGCCUCCACGUGAGCAUAGGUUGGGUUCUGUACAAAUUGCACUGUACAAAGAUGAAGCUGGAAUCAUGUGGCCUGGAGGAGAACGCCACGCACGUUUUGAAAUUAGCCGUUUUGCUGGCCAGCACUCUAGCGAUUUUCGGAAUGCAGAAAAUCUACGGAAGUCUAUUUUUCGAGAUAUUAUCGACGCCAUUCAUGCAUUUUAAGUAUCCGUUUAUGGACCGGACAAUUGGUAUUGCAUUUAGUUCGCUAAGUUUUGUAUUACCUGCUCUGAGGCCUGUGAUGUAUUUGGUCAUGGAUAGGCGACUUUUUGAAACGAUCUUUCGAUGUUGCCGGGGCAAUAGCAGAAAGAGUCACUUGGAAGCCGUCGAAGUGGAUUUCGAAUAGGAACUGUUAGAUAGUUUUGACUAAAAAGACUGAAUGUGUGCAAAUUGAGAAUAAAGUUAAGUGUGUGAAUUUUUUUA